AUGGCUAUCAGCUGCUCAGGGCCUGGUGGGCAGCUCGGGGAAGUCCUCGGAGCGAACACACUCGAGUUCCUGAAGUCGUGGCAUCUAUCAUGUGCUGAGGGGUCCAUAGGGGCCGACCGAGAUGUUCCGGUGGUGAACCUCCAAAAGAAUACCGAUUGGAUGGACUCCAUGGAGAGGGCCCUCUCACUGACGCAGGCUGGGCCGACGAUCAGAAUGCUCGUGUGGCUCACUGUGGCGCCACCACAGGCCACCCUGUCCCUACGCGAGGGCCUGCUGGACAUCUGCAGUACCACUGCUCACGAAGGGAGAGAGGAUCUGAUGGACUGGUCCAAGUGGACUAGAGUCAACCUAUCGACAGCUAACAAACCAACCAAAGAGGCAUUCAAGAACGACUUCCUCAACUACAACGCCAUCAUCCAAAAGUGGCAUGACGACCUAUUGGGGCGGGUCCGGAAAAUAACCAAAUCUCCUGUGUCCCUAGCGAAAGCGAUGAGUCAUCGCUUUCGCCGAUGA